CAAAUGCGUAAGUACAUCUUGGAAGCCCGCAAAUAUGGCGGCAUUUUCCGUUGAUUCAGUUUUGGAGUGCGAGUGUGUCCGCUCAAACGCAAACAAACAAACACAAAAUAUGCUUAUUUUUCAAUCUUCAUAUCCAACGAGGUUUCCAAAUCGAUUCAUCUCUCUCGAUUGCUUUCAGGCGCCUGAAACCGUUGCCGAUCGCCUCCCAAUUCCAAUUCCGAUCACCGGCGGCGAAAAGUGCUGAUAAUGAUGGAGAAGGCUGAUCCCGCUCACAAGCUGUUCAACAGAAUGCGACUGUGGGAAUUCCCCGACCAGUACGUGGUGGAGCCCACUGACGGCUCAUCUGCUCCGUUUCUGGUCAUCAGCCGCGUUGAUGGAUCCAUGAAUCUUACGGAGGACAUAACGGACUACGUGAAGUUUCAUGUUCCGAGAACUUGGACGAUAUAUGGUGUGGUUGGGACAGUCAAGCUGAUUGCAGGCAUGUUUUAUUGCUCUGUUUUUAAGUCAAAAUAUGUUGUGUUGGUUUCUGGUGGGGGAGUAAUGGUUGCUUGUCAAGUCAAGUGUUGGUAUAAUGAAUUCAGUUCAUACUUAUUGGUGAUUACUGAACGUGAAUGCGUUGGAUCGUAUAUGGGUUAUCCCAUCUUCAAAAUCACGUCACUGAUGAUUUUUCCUUGUGAUCAUUCUCUCAACAACGCUCCAGAAGAACAAAAAAAGGUGGAGAUUAAAUUUUGUGAGUUGCUCAGAAUUGCCGAGAGGACACCGGGUCUUUAUUUCUCUUAUGACGUGAAUAUAACAUUGAGCACUCAGCGACUGCAUGAUCUGGGCGAGGAAUCGAAGUUGCUUCCACUGUGGAAACAAUCGGUUCUUAAUCUGAAACUUUGUGAAGGCACUCGUAUGUGGAGAAGAGGAGCUGAUUCUGAUGGUUUUGUAGCAAACUUUGUUGAAACAGAACAAAUCAUACAGGUGAAUGGGCAUACUGCAUCUUUUGUUCAGGUUCGAGGAUCAAUUCCAUUACUGUGGGAUCAGAUUGUGGAUAUUACAUAUAAACCCAAGUUUAAUAUUAUUGAAGUUGCGGAAGUCUCUCAAGUAGUUGAGCGGCACUUUUGUGAUCUAAGAAAGAAAUAUGGAAAUGUCCAGAUUGUUAAUCUUGUCAACAAGCAUGGAGGUGAGGGACAUCUAUGUGGAAAGUUUGGCAGUGCAUUACAAAGUCUUGCCAGAGAUGAUCUGAGGUACCUUUUAUUAAAUGAUAAGGGGGAGAAAAAUGAGAGACAAGUUGGAGUGAGCAUGAUUGCUUGUAAAAUGUUGGAAUCACAACUUCGAAGGCUUGGUGUUUUCAAAGCUGAUGAAACUAUCAGAAGACAUCCCAAAUUGGAUGAAAGCUUUAAAAAUUUGUGGGCUAACCAUGGUGAUGACAUUAGCAUCCAGUACACUGGUACUCCUGCAUUAAAAGGAGAUUUUGUCAGAAUUGGCCAGAGGACAGUUCUAGGAAUGCUUAAAGAUGGCUGGAGUUCUCUUUUGCGGUACUACUUAAACAAUUUCUGUGAUGGUACAAAGCAGGAUGCGAUUGAUUUGUUACAAGGACACUAUAUCGUGUCUGUCUCCCAAAGUAUGCUUAGUACAAAAAAGGAAGAUGGAAUUGAGGCCAUAGCUUCCAUUCAACUGGCCCUUUUGCUGAUUACGGUUGGGUUCUUUUUUGCAGCAAUUUCACUAAGGCGAGCUCAACGUGACCCGUGGAAUUUAUUAUUUUCAAUCAUGUGGACGUGUGUGAGUUUGGCGAUAGCAUCUCUCGUGAAGUCUAAGGGGCGGGCUUUCUGUAACCGGCCUCGUCUGCAUCCACCUAGAAAAUGAGCAUGCAUGAGCUUCAAGUGGGCUAUCUGUGACAGCUUUGGCCAAAGUUGCAGCUCAAAAUAUUCAAUGGUUAACUUUUUGUAGUAUGUAUAUGAAAUUUUGAGUUAUAUUAUAUAUUUUCCUUUUUUCAUUUACAUACAGUCCCAAAUAUAACAGUAUAUUAUAUUAUAUACUGCCCAAGUGUAUCAACAUAUAUAUUGUCAUUCGUCGUAAAUGUUGGUAUGUGCAAAAGUGUAUUGACCUUCAACUCUGUAAUUUUUGUGACGAUAAUGGUUAUGCG